UCAAUGAUCAACGUCAUAAAUAUUCAAGACCUGGACGUAGUAUCUUUGUUCGAGAGGAAACUAAUUCUUUACAAAUUUUGCCGCAACACUUAAGAUCUCCUGAUGAAAUUAAUAAAAAUAGUAUUUAUUUGGCACUUAAAGUGACAGGGAUGGAAAGUGAUCGUAAUAAUAAA